ACGGACUGAAGAAGCGCUUGGGUGGCGCAGGGCUGUUGCGAGCACUUCAGACGUUGACGCGCGUGAAUUUCUAACACCCUGGUGAUGUGGCGGCCUCGUUGUCGUCCCAGUGUUACUGGCGAGAAAGCAGGCACAUUCCAGCUCGGCUUGUUCGCGUGGCCAGCGGGCCCACUCACUCAGAUGUACCCUGAUGCCCGCGACUGCCGUGGAGCUGGGCAGAGCCCCGGCCGGAGCGCUGGACUUGGCAUUGCAAGUUGCGGUCGCAGUCAGUUCUCACUGCGGAAAAUUCUGAGCUGUGUAGCUCUAGGAAGUGGAACACUCGUUCAGAAGAAGGACAUAGCCUGUCUUAAGAAUACAUUUGGCUCUUCACCAUGCGGUUAGGAAAACCUAAAGGAGCUAUAUCUCGGAGCUCCAGCCAAGGAAAAGUCUAUGAGAACCAGCGCAGAACCGGCCGGCAGCGGCAGAGAUGGGGGGUGACUGUCCGAUUUGACUCAAGCUUCAGGAGACUGAGACGAGGCCUGGAUGAAAAGCCUUAUAAAUGUGUCGAAUGUGAAAAGAGCUUCAGUCAGAGCUCGACUCUCUUCCAGCACCAGAAGAUCCAUACUGGAAAGAAGUCCCACAAGUGUGCAGACUGUGGGAAAAGCUUCUUUCAGAGUUCUAACCUCAUUCAGCAUCGCCGCGUCCACACCGGGGAGAAGCCCUAUCGGUGCGAUGAGUGUGGAGAGAGGUUUAAACAGAGCUCAAACCUCAUUCAGCACCAGAGAAUUCACACUGGAGAAAAGCCGUACCAGUGUGACGAGUGUGGCCGGUGCUUCAGCCAGAGCUCCCACCUCAUUCAGCACCAGCGAACCCACACUGGGGAGAAGCCCUACCAGUGCAGUGAGUGCGGCAAGUGCUUCAGCCAGAGCUCACACCUCAGGCAGCACGUGAAGGUGCACAAGGAGGAGAAGCCCCGGAGAGCCCGGGGCAAAAGCAUCCGGGCGAAAACUCACGUGGGGUCAUCUUGGAAAGCGGGGAAAGGGAGGAAGUCAGUGGCUGGUCUCCGCUAAGUAAAGGGCACUGCAUCAGCCCUUUUUUAAAAAAUAAAAAAUGUUUCUUGUAGAACUGGAGGUAUUUUUUAAAUUUAAUAGUGUCCUUAAACACUGUAUCCUUUCCGAGCAUGAGGACAUUGGGAGUUCAGUGACAUUGGGAUCGGAGAGAUUAUGAGUCCAGCCUUCCUCAUUUUUUAUGUAACCUGCAGUACAAAAAACAGGAAAUGUGUUUCUAGAGAACAUAAGCUCCUUGAGCUCUUUUGAAAUUGCUUCCUGCAUCGUUUUGACCAAAAAAAAAAAAAUCAUGUUUUGAUGACCUGUAAAGGUGUAGAAAUUCCAGUGACUGCUCAGUUUCAGGACUUUCCUUGGAAAGAACAAUUAAAGGGAGAAAUUAAUUCCAUCAGUUUCAGAGUUCUGUUGUAGAUGAGAGUUUAUGUUCUUAAAGUUUUGCAGUAUAUUACUCACUGGUUUGUAAGUACGUCUCAAGGGUCAGCAGAGUAAAAUGAAUUCACGUUCACAGACUUUUAGUCAGUGAAGUACAUCAGUUUGUGUUAGCUUUUUUUGUUCAUUUCUCCUGUUUAUAGAUAGUUACUAAUUAAAAGAGUAGAGCUUCCCUAUUUUUCAUCAAAUUCUUAGUAAGUGACACUCUGGAAGCCAAAGAGAGCAGCGAGUUCAACCGCAGGCCUCCUCCCCGUGCUGAUGCUGCCCUUCGUGGUGGUCUGACACCACACCACUCGUUUCUAGAAGCUGAAACAGCUUCAUGUCAGUCCUUACCCACGUCUUUGAGCUCUCUCUUGUGCUCUGACAGGCCGAGCCAGCCUUUUAGAGCUAAAUGAAUAAAUAAACCAAAAUUAUUUCUUCUAAAUAAUCUCAACUUGCAAAUUAAAAAUCUACAAUUUAUAUGCUCCCUGCCCUCCCCCUUCAAGAGCUUCUUAUAACCCUGGUUAUCUUAAAUGUUUGCCAGUAACAUAGUGAAGUUCUGAAAAAGUCAAGUAAUAUAGUGAAGUUUUGAAAAAGUCAAGUGUUACUGCAUUGUAGCUUUUUUGAAAUCUAAGUUUAACUUUUUCUGAGUUACCUGUCUUAUUUAUAAGACCAAACAAGUUUCUUAUCUUUCAUGAGAAUAGUGCCAAGUAUCAAACAUUUUGAUCAGCCUUCAGCUCAGGUUUUAAUUUCUAUUAAAUGCUAACAUUCUUCUGAUUUUUUUUUGUAUCUUUCAUAAUCAUAUCUGAUUCUGCUGUAUCAAUGACAGUUAUCCAUAAAAAUUUUUUAAGAGUA